UUCUAGUUUAUACUUUAUUCUAAAGAUGCCUCCUUGGGCAUGAGAUUACCUUAGUUACCUAAAGAGAGAGUGAAUCAGUAAUUGACUUUUAUUAUUGUCGGCGUCUUUGUGUCCCCUUUUAAUGUUAAAUAUAUAUUUAACGUUUAAUUAUUUGCCAUAUCAUUGUGCAAAUCAAUUAGCAAUUCUUCUGCACAUUUAUUUUUGUCAAAAUCUCCAGAUUUCAGUUCCUGGCCUUAAAACAGUUGCUUGUUCAGUUUAAUCAAAGUGCAGACACUAUAUGGGAAAAGACGUUGAAGAACAGCUAAGCCUAAACGAAGAUUCCAAGGAUGGUGAGGUUAUAGAAUCUUUGUUACCCCCUAUACCAAGAUCACCAAUUAAUAGCAGACCAAAUAGCAUGGUGGUUAAGAAAGCAAAUACUGUAAUUCCAGCCCAUUUGGUGGCAGAAGCUAUAUCAACACUCCAUGGCCUUGAUUUAAGAUGGUCAGGGCCAAUAACACCAAGUGAAAUGCAAUAUGUUCAACAGUAUGUUUUGGCCAAGUACCCUGAAUAUUGCAAUGGACUUGUGGAAGAAGGAGACAAAAUUGAUCUUUAUACGCUUUGUCUGACCGAUGAAUCAUCCGCUAAUGGGAAAGAAAAAUCC